UUCGUCGAGAUUUUUAUUAUUUUUAUUAUUAUUAUUCUUUGUUUCCGCACAACAACAACAACAACAACAACAACAACUGCAACAACAACAGCAACAACACCAACAAAAACAACAACAGCAGCAACAACAACAACAACAAUAACAAUCGAUGAUAUAAGGAUACUACAUCGGCUAAAUAUGAGAUUAUUUAGAAGGGGACGCUGUAAGUAUUUUUGUCUAACUUUGGUCUAUAUUUUAGUGGUGUAUGUUAUCUUUAACAACAUUCCCAUUUCGAUCUUCAAUCGCCAUGAGUGUGACCCUUACCUGAAAAUGAAAGACGGCAAACAAUUUCAUCACACUUUCUUCCUGGCCGAGCCACAGACUUGUUUUCACGCUUCGAGUUCGCAUCCGAGGCCCGUGUUCUUGUUAGUUGUGAUCGCUUCUUCGGGGGACAACUUCGAGAGGCGUCAAGCGAUUCGCGAGACAUGGGGAAGUCCCAAGGAGAUCAUGGGGAGGGGUAUCGUCACAGUCUUCCUGCUCGGCGAGGAGCCCCUGGAGAAGUUUUCUCCCGAAACCCGAGAUUUACUUCAGGAUGAAAGCGCUGCACACCAUGACAUUCUCCAGGCAGACUUCAUUGACACUUAUAAGAACCUCACCAUUAAGACCAUAGUUGGACUGAAGUGGAUCCACGCGUACUGUUCCCAUGCCUCGUACUUCAUGAAAACAGACGAUGACAUGUACAUCAGUUACGCUAACUUAGUCAAGAAUCUGUCUGCUCCCUCGACCCCAACCACUGACUUUGCGAUGGGUCAUCUCUUCGAGAACAAUUUUGCCUCUCGAAGUUUUCACAAUAAAUUCUACAUGCCGAGAUGUAUGUUCCCGGAGAAGUUCUACCCUCCGUAUCUUGCAGGGUCAGGCUAUGUCAUGUCUGGCGAUUUGGCGGGAAAGAUCUUCCGAACUGCUUUGUAUAGUAACUUCGUUUAUUUCGAGGACGUCUUUGUUGGGGUGUGUUUUCGGACGCUAGGGGUAAAGCCCACAGGACACAGCGGUUUUAAUUUUAUACACAUUGGUUAUGAGUUUUGCAAAUAUAGAAAUGAUGUGGUUUCAUCUCAUGGAGUUGAGACGAAGGAAAUGCACGAUAUAUGGAACGAUCUACAAAAUUCUGAAACUAAAUGUUUACCGUCAACUUAAGUUUUUUUCAAAAACAAACCUUGCAACCCCAGUGUGAAAUUGUCACGUAAUUUGUUGAUCAGGUUUUAGCAGGAAAACACGUCAAUAUUUUAACAAAGUUUUGUUGAUAACUUUUCUCGUCAAAUCAAAAUGAACUCUUACUGUACGAUUUGCGCAGCCACAAAUUCGUGGGUAGACAUGUUUUCGUGUCCCUUUUAUAAGCAAUAGUUUGAAAGCCGCUAUGCCGACACAGUAAUUUUACUUAUAUCAAUUAACAAUAUUGUUGUGUUAAUGAUGAAAAAAUGUGCUUGAGCUUGUCAUACAUGACCUGCAAUUGUGUUACUCAAUAUUUAUUGGUCUUUUGGUACCUUUGUAUAACAAAAAGUGUGUAUUUUUUUAAAGAGAUCAAUUAAACAAGGGGUAUUCCAUGA